CUUUGGUCAUCGAUCCAUCUCGUACUCUGUGUAGAGACGUUGUGUAGUGUCGCACGAGUGCGUUCCGCUCUAUACCCGAUCGACGCAGAGAACCUAUUUCCCGUACCACGAGAUAUCCGGGACGUGUCCAUCCGUCGUGUUCUUGGCUCCAUCAGUCGACCGUUUGCGCCAACGAUUGGCAUCGUCUACUCUGCACAGUCCGCUUUAUCGCAACAGCCGUAUUGACCGUGAGCCUCCAUUUUCUCGGAUUGGAAGGUCGGACGCUUUGCUUUUUUAUAUUUAUUCAUCUGUUUGCAUACCGACGUGUUGUGUACAUACUCGACCGUGUUUUCGUUUUUGUUGGUGAAAGCCACGGCAUUCUUUCUUCUAGUUUUCCCUCGUUCGUGCCUGUACGCGUAUUUAAAAAAGCAAUGAAGGCAAUACACGUCGGUGUGCCACGCUACUGCCGCGCACUGUCGUUCGAUAACGACACAUCCACCGUCUCAUCGCACAACAACAAUAGUCACAGAAUACCGAUAUCGACAACCACCACCACCACCGUCCGCACAACAACAACAUCAACUCGCCUGUUGCGCAAAAUCACUGUCCGAUCGGUAAUCGUCGCUUUCUCUUGUGCGGCACUGUGGUUGCAACUCGACCCGCCGCUGUUUGUGGCUGCCUUUGCCCCCGGGACGUGUACUACGGUGACGACUACUGCCACCGUCGCACGCGUAUUGCCGUACGCGCUGCGGACCGUGACGACGAAACCGUAUCGACUGGCGCACUCGCAACCCGUACCGCUACAUCCCCACCACCGUAUCGACGGCGUACCGUUGGCCGCCACUGCACGCGAAACGGGAUCCACCGCCAAGGACGACGACACGGCCGAAUGGAGGGCCGUACUGGCCGCGUUGACCCUCUACCAAGCCGCCUUUGGUGACGUCAAGGUGCCGCAAAAAUUUAUUGUACCCACCGCCUCGCCUUGGCCCAAACCCGCCUGGGGGCUCAAACUCGGCAAGGUGGUCGCCAACAUUCGACUCACCGGAAAGUAUAUACACGGACGGGACAAGCGCAAACAAGCGCUCGAAAAAUUAGGUUUUCUAUGGGCGGCACGGAGUACGCCGCAAACGCGGGCCGAGGCGGAAGACGACCGCUCCAACGUGACGGUGGAACAAAUUUUGGCAGCCUUGGUAGCCUACCGUGAGAACGUGGCUCCGUUGGGACCCGUGCCCGCCAAGUACAUCGUGCCGGAUGCCGAGCCUUGGCCAGAACGGGUACGGGGGCUCCCUUUAGGAUCGCAACUAGCGCGAUUGCCAAUGGACCAAUUGCCGGAAACAAUCCAGGCCAAGCUGCAAGACUUGGGCGUCAUGGAACGAUAUAUGCCGUUGGCAUCCUCCGGCUCAAUGGGUGCUCCCCCGACUGCGCCGGUUGUCUCGGGAGAAGCGUACCAGUCCGCAAGUAAUGUACCACCAACUGCUAACGACAUUCGCUUCCAUAAGGUCUACCUCGCCUUGCGAACAUACAAGGAUGUGUACGGAGAUUUACUUGUUCCGCAACCAUUUGCGGUUCCAUCCAAAGCCCCAUGGCCGCAAGAAACCUGGGGACUCCGCUUAGGCGCCCGGGUGAACGCGGUACGAUCCCAGGGAACCUUUGUUAAUGCGAAUCCCGAUCGGCGUCAGGCACUGGAUGAUUUGGGUUUUGUGUGGUCCCCGCCCAAGGAAGGCUCGCGGCGCGUCAAAAGCCGCGAAGCGAACAGCUUACCCGAUACUGCCAUUCCUGCCAGCGCAACGACGAAGAAUUCGUUGGACUCCUUGCUCGACGAUUCGACCUUUGAUUUUGGACAGGACUUUAUGGAUCAAGGAGGUGACGGCCGUGACGGCUUGGGGGGAGGAUCCGCGACAGCUCCAACCUGGGGUUUAGAGGGUGGCCGCUUGCUGCCUGUCGAAGAAGCCGCGGCGGCGGCUCAGGCAGCGGCUGAAGAAGAGUACGCUCCCCCACGGACACUUCAGGAAAGUCUAGACGAGGCGACCGUUCGAGCGAUGGAAUGCGGCGUCAUCGAAGGGUUGACGGACCGAAAACGCGUCAUGAAAGGCAAACGCGAAAAGGCGAUUCCCUGGUUUAAUGACGAUUUUGGAGACGACUUUGUCUUUGAAGAUGUCGUUGAGGCCUUGUCGUUGUACAAGCGUAUGUAUACGGAUUUUGACAACUUGACUGCGAGCGAAGAAUUUGUCGUUCCGACACACAACGUUCGUACUGGGUUUUUAGACGACGUUGACGACGAUUUGAAUACGUUUGAUGUAGACGCGUCGGCUCGGGCAGCGGCUGCGAUAAAGCAGUACGAAGAAGAAGGUAUGAAAGAUCGGAGCGACGAUCUAAUUGCGGCCGAAAUCCAGCGAAUUCAACGGGAAAUUGAAGGAAGCAACGUCGCAACCAAAACCAAACCGUCCAAGGUUGUGCAAAGCACUACCGAGUGGCCCGAACAUUUGGCAGGAAUGAAGCUGGGAAAUAUUGUAGCUCGUAUCCGAGAUGGAAGUUUAGAAGUAAAGCACUUAUCAGAACGAAAGGCACAACUCGACAGUAUUGGCUUUGAAUGGGGCGAUCCCAAGAGGUUUCUUGACGUUCCGUUUGAAAAAGCUAUGUGCGCCAUGUACGCAUAUUACUUGGUACGCGGUGACAUGUUUGUGUACGAAGAUUUUGUUAUGCCGGAGGAGGAUCCCUGGCCACAAGCCUUGGCUGGGUACGAGAUCGGCAAAACAGUCAUGCGAUUGCGGGAGCUUCAGGACUUUUUAGAAGCAUACCACCCCGAAAAGGUCAGUCUGUUACGCAUGAUCGAUUUUGUGUGGUUCCCCACAAUGGCAUUGCCUCUCGAUCCAGAUGAACCAGAAUUGACCAACGAGACUCUGCUUUUAAGCGCUCUUGGGCAUCCAGACUACGCGAAAAUGAUUGACAUUCCUAUGGGUCUUCCAGACAAGAUUGUAGCUGAUGGACCGUUCGUGGAAAGCGACAACCCAAAGCACUGGUGGCGUAAGUGGCACAAUUGGGAUUAUGUCCAAAACUAUUGGUACCAACAAGGCCGCCGAGAUAAUGCUUUUGUACUUAAAGGAAUGGGUUACCCUCAAAUGGCGAAGGAGCACGAAGCCAAGUACGGUCCAGGGCUGUUUACACAAAUGGAGGAAACGAUGGCAGUUCUGGAAUCUGGUAUUGAAGAAAAGUCAUUAGACGAAAAGAAGGAAUUGCUUCAAACCCUACACUUUUACCGUCAGGAGAUGCUCGGAUGUACUGAUAUCGCCGCCUGGGAUCGAAAUCAAUGGCUAGCCGAUCUGGACACAGAAAUGCUUAAAAUUAUGAAAGACUCAAAUCUUGAAAUUGAAUUGGAUGUUGACGAGGACGAGGGGUACGACGACGAGGCAAUAGAUGGUGAAGAAUAUAUUGAAGACGAGGACUACGAGGAAGAGGAGCCCGAAGAAGAAGAAGAAGACAAAGAAGAGUUUGAUGUAGAAGACGAGCUUGGCUUGUCGGGCAAGCAAUAGCAUCUUGAAGCUACAGCCGACGCGAAGCAAGUGUGACAAUAAAACUGAUUUAUCAUGUGUUGGCACAAUUCAAGUAGUUCAGCUUACAAAGGCCAUAUUUUGCGAGACGAAACCAAUAGCUCCUAAAAGCUAAGGUCAUCCGUCUCCUGCUGUGUCUUUCUACCGCCAACCCUUUUGACGCAUGUAUGUUUAUCUCUAGUCAACUUAGCGCCGCGGGCUUUGAGCGCUGGUUGCCCUUUGCGAUAGACUGCCACAUAGCUACACCCAACUAUGAGGAUAACUAGAGCCACAAUGAGCACCCAAAAGCCAGCCGAUAAGCUGAAGUCGUCAUCGGAAUUCAUUGCUUCGCCAAGACGAGACAAGGCAAUGGGAACGAAAAAAUCCCCCGAGGUUUCCAAAUCACGACCUCCACGAAGGUUGCGGCCAUCGAAUGCAAUCACAAUCGUCCCUGAUGCCAAAAGAGAGUCCGGCCGGCCUGACAUAAAGAAAGUGGAGUCCACCGGUGUGCGAACUUGGCAGGACAUUCCUGAGCAAAAGGCGCUUGUACCUGUAACACGAGUACCGGCAUCGUCGAUAACCACUGUAUUGCUGCUACCUUGUCCCAAAUUGAGGUUGCUGACACCAAGAAGGCGCGCCGUACUACUGGUGAUGCACAAGCCCAGAACAUCGCCCAUUUCCAAAGGAUCAUUGAUACACUUGCUAUCUACAUCGCAAGGACAGCCCUGAAGAAAUUCAGUUUCGAAAUUACCCCGUUCCACAUUGGGAGAGCGAGAAGCAUCAACGUUGGCAGCACUCGGUUGUACAGCCUCGGUCGGGCUUAUCGUAGGAGACUCGCUGGAUUGUUCCAGGUCAACUACACGGUCUCGCCAAACACAAGGAGAGUAUUUUCCGCUGACGAAGCCCAGCACUGCGUUGCAUUCCUCCUUGCUUAUAUCGGACUCAUUGCUAUGACGACAAACCCUCCGAUCAAGAAAAGGGUCCACGCUGUCGGAAACUGGAAGCCCGCAAAAAGGGGUGGUGUCCUGAAAUACCCUGACACUUCCCACGAUAUCCCGAUCAUCGUUGCGUUUCCGCAUCGAACCCGACACAAUCACGGAUCCUCCAGCAUUCAUCGAAACAUCAUUCCCCCACCAAUCAAUAGUAGCAUUGCCCAGUAUAGUCUCAAUCAGCCUAUACGUGUUGAUUUUUGUAUCCCAUUGAUACACCUGAACCAAACCAGUAAAACGUUCGUGGUGUAGACUGGUAAUUGCAAUUCGAUUUCCAUCGGCAGACAGCGCAAGAGCCCGACCGAACCGGUCGUUGUCGUCUUUCCCAAGUAUUUCGUCCAGUUGAAUCCAUUGACUCGUUUCGUCAAGAUCGUAAACGUGGACGGAGCCACGAUUGGCACCGGCUAUAGCUGAAGUUGGAGCGCCCACAAUCAAAGUUGAGGACCGAAUGGCAAUCGAAUAUCCGAAUUGACCAUCAACAAUAGCAGAAUUGCCUACUAUGUCUUUGCCCACUGUAGAAAAAAGGUUGGGUGUUGAGGUGGAGAUCCGC